CUUUAUGUCGGCUGUAAGAAAAUAAGAAAACGGCAUGUCUGGAGCUGUAUGUCUUCCUUAGGAGUCUGCAGCCAGUCACAGCGCUGACUUUUCUCCAUUGCGAGGAGCGUGGCAGUAGCUCCCCUCAGGCGCCGUGUGAUUGGAUGAGGCGUCCGGAAGUGGAGUGUUACCCUGGUUACGUUGUAACCGUCUGUUGUGGCUGAGGUGGAUGCUUGAGGCCUGUCUGGAGCCUGAGCGGAGCUCGUGUGGAAUUUCUCUAUAGCAGAAGGUGACUGCAAACUACGGGGGGGAAGAUAUUCGUUCUCAUUGCAUGAAUCAUGACUUUCUUGCUAUGUGGAAGGUAAGAGGAAUAUCAUAAAAUGGGUGAUAUUUUGGCAUAUGAAGCAGAUUUGCUUGGAUUAGUGAAAGAGUUCCUAAGCUUCGGGGAGUUCAAUGAUACCUUGAAAAGCUUUUCAAAAGAGUGUAACGUUAAAGGAAAACCGCUCCCAAAAAGUGAUGGCUCUGCUACAAGAGACUCUAAGACUUUACUAAUACAGAAAGAUCUCCUCAGUGCUUUUGAAGAUGGAGACAGGAAAACAUUUUUUGAGAAGUGGGAAGAGCAUGUACCUACAGAAACUCGCAGCAAUGACCCCUUGGCUCAGAAGCUAGAAUUCUAUUUGCACAUCUACUUUGCCAUUUUCCCACUAAAGAACAACAGCGGACGAAUUGAUCGGGUAGACUGUGAAGAGCGAAUUUCUCACCUUAAAACAUACCUGGAGACCAGUGGUGCUGCUUUAAGUCAGACUACAGAAUUCCUUCCAUUUUAUGCCCUCCCAUUUGUUCCUAACCCAACUGUUCACCCAUCCUUUAAAGAGCUUUUCCAGGAUUCCUGGGCUCCUGAGCUGAAAUCACGAUUGGAGAAGUUCUUGUCGGUGACUGUUAAAGCUGGAACUGCGCCUCGACUCCUUACAUUAUAUAAAGAGAGUAACCAGUACAACAGAGAUGUGCAAUUGCAGCAGAAUUUAAUGGAAGCUGAGCACAGGGCUAUCACCUACAUGAAACGUUUUAAUAAGAUGCAGUCUGACUACCAUAAUCUGAUUGGGGUCACAGCGGAGCUUGUUGAUUCAUUGGAGGCAACCAUCAAUGGAAAGCUGAUAACGCCAGAGUACCUGCAGAAUGUGUGCGUGCGACUUUUUAACAGCCAGAUGAGAGAAAGUGCUGCACAGAGUAUUGACUUUACCCGACCUGGCACUGAGUAUAACUAUGCAGUCCUGUGUCAUGACGAGGACGCAUCUUCUAUGCUGAGAGCAUCAUUAGCACCCAUGAAGCCUCUGGAGGUGCCCUUGUUGCCUUCUUUAGACUAUGAGAAGUUGAAGAAAGAUUUGGUGUAUGGUAAUGAUCGCCUGAAAGCAUUGAUACUGCAAGCUUUGCGCUGGCGAUUUACUCGAUCCCAGCCCGGAGAGCAGAGGGACACAGUCUUGCAAGCAUAUAUAACAAAUGACCUAUUGGACUGCUACCAAAACGGGCAGAGAAAUGUCCUACAAUUGCUUCACUCCAAAAAUGAGAUAGUCAGACAAUACACAGCUCGCCUUAUCAAUGCAUUUUCAUCAUUAUCUGAUGGCCGGGCUUAUCUAAGUCAGAAUCCUUACUUUUUGCGCUCAUUGGAGUCGGCGCUCAAGACAGAGGAGAAGGAUUACAUUACUAAGGAAAAUGUUUUGGGCUCUCUGCAAAAACUUAGCCUCAGGCGACCUAUGCAGUCAGCAAUGAUAAAGGAUGGUCUCAUGGAUUGGCUUGUACAGGAGCUGGAAGACACUGAGCAUCUGUCCGACUACACAGUGACAUACUCUACGGCCUUGCUUAUGAAUCUGUGCUUACGUAGUGCAGGAAAGAAAGCAUGUGCCAAAAAUGCAAGCCAUGUUCUCAGAGUGCUGUCUGACUUGCUUGGUCAUGAGAACCAUGAGAUUCGUCCCUAUGUAAAUGGAGCACUCUAUAGCGUCCUCGCUGUUAACUUUAUACGAGAGGAAGCCAGAGCAAUGGGAAUGCAGGAAAUUCUGAGGUGUUUCAUCAAGGAAGGGAACGCGGAUAUGAACCGACAAAUUGAGUUUAUUAUAAAACAGCUCAACUCAGAAGAGAAGUUUGAUGAAGCAGCAGAAUCUGAUGAUGAGGAAGAAGCAGAUGAUGAGGAGGAGGAGGACGAUGUCCUGGAAGAAAAUUUGGACAAGGAUGAAGCCAUUCAGCCUCAAGUUGGGGAAUUGUUUGGGGAAAAACUACUCACCACAGAAUAUCUGGGAAUCAUGACUCAUACUCUUAAAGUAAAAAAGAGAAUGUUUUCUGGUAUACUACAGAGUGUUGAUGAACCAUUACAAAGACCGGUCACCCCCAGCCGUCAUCGGGCUGUGUAUACAAUGCCAGAGAAUGUGGCCUCACCCUUGAUUCCAUCAAACAACUUUAGAAUUCUGAAAGAAUCUUUAAAUUCAGCAGUAAGACCUCCUACGCGAUGUGGUAGCCGCCCUUCUACUGCUGAUUACAGUGUGGCAUCAGUGUCUGUAGAUAUAGAGUCCUCACAGGUCUUUUCACCAUCAAGUCGGUCUGAGCAAAGAGGUCCUGUAUCUCCACCUUCACCUCAGAUCCUGGAUUUGGGUAUGGAGAAAAAUAAUGGACACAUUAAUAGAUCCUGGAUCUCACGCAGUCCAGAAGUUCAGAGUGUCAGCCCACGAAAAUCCAAGACUCCUACUAUUGCUCCUCAGUUUUCCCAGGCUGGACCACAACAAACCAGCCGGCCCAGCUCUGCUGGAUCCUCCACCCGCAGCAGACAGAGCAGCCAGUCCUACAGAAAGUGAGAAGUGGCAAAAUUGUGCUUAUCAACAAGGAUUCCCUAAUGUAAUAAAGACAGCAGAACUAUGUUUAUCCAUACUUUAUGCCCUAUUGGCAAGAACCUCUUCGGAUCUGCUACCUGAGUGCCAGUGAGAACACCUAUAAACACAAAAUUUGGGUGCUUAUUGCGAAAGAAACCUUUUUGUAGCCCAGAGAUGUACAGUGACGUAUACAGAAGACUGACAAUUAUCAUUCAUUACCUAAAAGGCUUGCAGGUUUUGGUAUGACUAGAAACAAUAUGUGGCAACCAAUAACAGACUUUAACAAGUACCGCAUUUGUUCUUUUGGUUGGAUCAUGCUCUGGAUGUUUGCCUUUUGCUGUAGAUUUUCUGUUGGUUUAAUUAUUUAUUUAUUUGUGUAUAUGAACUGUUUGAGUCGUAAUGACUUGAUUCUAAUCCAGCUUUGUAUUUUGUACUAAAACGUACUUUGAUGUGUUUCACCUUGAUUAAAAAUAGGAGAGGAUGUUGAUCAAUUUUUUAUGCAGGUUCAUUUCCUGUGCUGGAUGAAUGUUUUUCAUUGAUUUAAAUGGAAAAUAAUGCAUUCAGCCACUAGAUGUCGCUAUAUAUUGUAGGUAUACGAUUGUUCGCUCCAUCUAGCAGCCAAAUGCAGUAUUUACCAUUUUUUAAAUCAAUGAAAAAAACAAAUCCAGUAGUGACUAUAGAUCCAACCACUGCCUGCUGUCAAUCUCAAAAAGCCCACCCAGCUUCAAAAUUCCUCGGUCACAGCUGCAGGAGCGAGCUUAGCUGCAGUAAGGACAUAUAGACCCUCUAGGCUCAUUUUAUUGCUAAAAUAUAUGGACUAUUUAUAAGGGCUCUACAACAGAAAUUGUAUUAUAGUAUUCUUUGCACUAUACAAAAUCUAUACAUUUUAAAUAGCAGCUUAGAAAUAUUCAUACUAAUAAAUCUUGGGUAAUCUAUUGUUUCA